AUGGGUGUAGCAUCUUCAAAGGUACUUGACUCCCUCAUGGAGGGAACCAACUUUGAUAGAGAAGAGAUCGAUAGAUUGAGAAAGAGAUUUAUGAAAUUGGAUAAGGAUGGGUCAGGAACCAUAGACAAGAAUGAAUUCUUAGAGAUACCUGGUAUUUCAUCAAACCCUUUAGCAUCAAGAUUGAUGGAUGUAUUUGAUGAGGAUGGAAGUGGUACUAUCGAUUUCCAAGAAUUCAUCGGUGGAUUGUCUGCCUUUAGUGGUAAGACUUCAAAACUUGACAAAUUGAACUUUGCGUUUAAGAUUUAUGAUAUUGACCGGGAUGGUUAUAUAGGUAAUGGAGAGCUUUUCAUUGUGUUGAAGAUGAUGGUGGGGAAGAACUUGGCUGACGAACAACUUCAACAAAUUGUAGAUAAGACUAUUAUGGAAGCUGAUAAGGAUGGCGAUGGACGCCUUGAUUUCGAAGAGUUUAAGAGUGCCGUAGAUUCUUCAUCUGUGGCAAAUGCUUUAACUUUAAACAUUUUUUAA